AGACAUUAGACAUCAUUUGGAAAUUGCCUCAAGCUUUAUACUCAAAGACAAGCGUGGAUAUUGUCUUAAAUUAAACUUACAUUCCUAAAUAACAUCCUGAAAUGAAGUUAGAUCACCACGGGAGUUUCAUUUCCUUCUUUCGUGUUCUGAAGAAGAAAGUCCUACAGGUUUGACUUGACAUCUUUCACAGUAAACUAGCAGUGUUUUCUGAAUCAUAGUGUCAAACAUAUCAGAAUCUGAGAUCAUCAUUUACACUCGUGAGCUUUUUUUGUCUGUUUGGUGAAUUCAUGGCCGAUCCGUGUUAAUUGUAAGGACCGUCCACGAGUUUAUCCGGCGCGUUUGAACCUCAGUCUAAAUGGUUAUUAUGUUAAUCUGAAGUGUGUUUGAAGUCUCUGACUCUAAACCGGGUCUGUCUCUCUCUCAAAAUCCUUCACAGGCUAUCAAAGAGAAGCGGAAGAGGUUUUCCAAACUCCGGGGGUUUAAAUGAGGAGGACGAUGGUGCUUCCUCGCCUCAGGAAACACAGUUUAAUCCGUCUGAACACAUGCGGCCUUAGAUAAACUUCCCAGGGCUUGUCUUUGGUCUACAACUCUAGGCUUUUGAUAUCCCAUCUCGUCUCAACAUGGAUGCACCAGACGCUCAUUGCCAUUUCAGCAGGAGCGCCGUACAUCAUGGCAUUUCGCCCUCCGGUGGUUACGGAGGGAACGACAAGCACCAUCAUCUUCACUCUGAACCGCUGGGCCGCUCUCUUCCUCUGUUCUUGUACCCGGCCCGUGUGGAGCAGGGAGUUUACGACGGCUCGUACUGCAGCGGGGCGACGCUGCUGUCGUACCUGCCGCCGUUCCACGCCGGUCUGGGUGUGUACGAAUGUCCGUUUGAGCCCGCCUUCAUUCAGAAGCGGAACGAGAGGGAGCGUCAACGCGUGAAGUGCGUCAACCAGGGAUACGCCAAACUCCGAGACCACCUGCCCAACGGAAGCGCGGACAAGCGGCUGAGCAAAGUGGAAACUCUGCGGGCGGCCAUCCGCUAUAUCAAGUACCUACAGGUUUUGGUGGAGAAGCCAGAGAGAGGGGAGGAGAACGUGGGAGCGGCGUCGCCUCUGUCUUUCUCGGACACCUCCUCAGAGGAGUCGGCUGGGAGUUAA